CCCCAAAGAUCACCGAGAGGUCGCCAUGGCAACAUUCUCAGCCAUCCUGCUGUCGGUGCUGGCACUGGUGACGGCUGCCCAAGAGAUUCAGACACUUCAAGAUCUAUCCAACACGCUGCUCCUCAACCAGCUGGCAAUGUCCAACAUGCUGGCUGAACGCGACUCCAGAACAAGAGUAAUAAGAGAGUGGCUGAACGACCUGCAAUCAAACAUUACCUCCGAAAUAGCGGCUUUGCAGAACGUUGUUAAAGCUAAUGGUGUUCCCCAAGAUGCUGGUAAAGGGGUCGUGGAGUGCAUGACACCGUUUGUGGACGUGUAUGGUCACUGUAUCUUGGUGGAGACGGCACUGACGGGAUCUUGGGAAACAAUGAGACGUCACUGUCAGCAGAAGGGCGGCGAGAUUGUCAAGGUUGACUGUGGCACCUUCAUGUAUUACCUCGUCAGGUACCUUCACAGUAACGGUCUGGUUAAGUUGUCUUACUGGGUCGGUGGGAGAGAUGAAGGCCACGAGGGAUCUUUCUUCUGGACUGAUGGUACCCAGGUCAAGAUGGGAACCCCCUUUUGGGGUGACGGCAUUACUGACAAUAUUCAGGAGCCCGACGGAGGAACCGAUCAAAACUGCAUGUUAAUGUACAAGGAAGAUCAUUAUUUUUUCUUCGAUACUUCUUGCAAUAACAAUUAUGCAGUUAUUUGUGAGAAACUAAAAUUGUCCUAGGGACAAUACCUGGCUUCUGUCCUUAAAGUAUCAGGUGCUUUAUGUCCUUGGAGUAACACCUUCCUCAUGACCUUGGAGUAACACUUGCCUCCUGACCUUGGAGUAGCACCUGCUCCCUGUCCUAGCACUAACACCUGACUUGCGUCUCUCGAGGAGCACCUCCGAGUCCUGACAGGUCAUCACUAGGACCAAGUGUGUACCUGGGGCAUUUAGCUAAUACAAUAUGUAAUAAGUGGUGAGCUCUUUGAUUCAUAUGAUAAAUUAUAAUAUACAUGAAUAAUGAGAAAAUAAUUUGAGGUUCCUGCAACUUGAACUGCACAUGAGCACUCCCCCAAGCUGUACAACACAUGAGCACUCCUCCAAACUGUUCUGCACAUGAGCACUCCUCCAAGCUGUACAACACAUGAGCACUCCUCCAAUAACACAUGAGCUCUCCUCCAAGCUGUACAACACAUGAGCACUCCUCCAAUAACACAUGAACUCUCCUCCAAGCUGUACUGCUCAUGAGCACUCCAAAUGUACAGCACAUGAGCAUUCCUCCUAGCUGUACUGCUCAUGAUCACUUCUUGAAGCUAUAUCAUUAAAUAAUCCAAUUUCCCUUAACCUUACCCAUAACUAGGGGCUCUAUCUCCCCUUUCCUCUUAUCUCGAAAAUAAGGGUAAAUUAUGGAUAAUUAAGGUGAAAAUAUAUUUUCACAUAUUAUUCAAAUAUAUCCUAAUUUAUCCCUAAUGAACCCUAAUUUAUGUAAUAUUAUCUUAAUUUAUGUAAUAUUAUCUUAAUUUAUGUAAUAUUAUCUUAAUUUAUCUCAUAUAAUCUAUAUUUAGGUCAUAUUAUCUUAAUUUAUGUCCUAUUAGCUUAAUUUAUGUCAUAUCUUAAUUUAUCCAUAUCUGACCCUUAUUUAUGUCAUAUUAUCUAAAUUUAUCCCUAAUUUACCCUUAUUUAUGCAGCCCAUCCUCCAAAAAUGGGGUCAUUAUGACAUAUUACCCUAAUUUUUAAUAAUUUAGAAAAUGUAGAGGGGUCUUAUCUUCAAUAUAUAGAAUAAUUUCCAGGUAAAGGGGGAGGGGGUUAAUAAUGCCCUUAAUUAUAGGUUAGGUUAAGGAAAAUUUGAUUAUUUAAUGAUAUAGAUAUAGUGACUCUUAUCGCUUUCCUUAGAAUAUGUGUAAAAUGGAGUUCAGAUCCAGGUAUAAAGUUAGGUACAGGCUGGUUAAUUUAAGCUAAUGAAGAGAAAAUGCCCAAUAAUAACACAUUUCCAUUAACCCGGGUAAUUGAGGUUAGAAAGGCUGGCUUGCUUGUAAUGAUGUAAAAACAAACAUGGCUAAGAAUAAGAGGCAACUUUGGACCAAGAUCCUGGUAUCAGAGGCUAAGUCCAGGGCGGUUGGGUUGAUGAAAAAAAAACAAAAAAAACUUUCCAAACGUACGAUACAUUUGACGUUAGGUCAAGGCAGGUUAGGUUCAGGGUUGUUGAGUCCACAUCCGAAACAAAACAUUGCUAGAAAUAUUGAACAAAGAUCCUAACUAGGUAGCUGAAUUGAUGUGUAAAACAAACACUUUUCUAGCAAUAUACUUGCAAUAUUGAGCAUAUAAACAGGCAGGUUAGGCACAGGGCAGUUAGGUGCAUAUUCAAAACAACACUUUUCUAAGAAUAUAGAUACAAUAUUCAACAAAGAUCCAAGCAGGUUAGGUACAAGUCAUUUAAGUUUAUAUCCAAAAUCAAUCCUUUCAAAACAAUGAAGUUGCAAUAUUCAGCAAAGAUCCAUGCAGGUUGGGCACAUGUCUGUUAGGGUUUUAACCCAAAUUAACACUUUCACAAGAAUAUGUCAUAUUAAAGGUUAGGCCCUAGGUGGUUAUGUUGUGGUAAUAUGAGGAAAGUUGUGGUAAUAUGAGGAAAAAUGCCUUGUAACUACAAGGCAAUAUUACACACUAGUGUAGUAUUGAGUGUAAAUGUGUUUUAUACUGAGUGUUUUGAUUUCUUGUAUUUUUAGUGUAUGUAUAAGUGCAACAUUGUGUGUGUAUAGUGAUUAAUUGAUGUGAUAUAGUGAUUAAUUGCUGUUUGUUAUUAUGACUUUUAUCUCAUAUUACUAUUAAGCAGAUUUUUUUAUUUCAAUGCGUCAUAAACACCCUGGUUCAACCAUAUGAACAGUAUGACGGUUGAUAUAUAGUCAUGUAAUUACGAUAUUUGGUGUGUUUGAAUAAAUAAGAUAAGUUCACAAUAUUUUUGGACUUGCGUGAGUAUUAUGGUUACCUUGCUGAUUGUCAUGCAUCGAUAUGAAUUAACAGUACAAAAGGUUAAGAUCACUUGGGGUGAAUUAGCUGUUGGGAUACUGAAAUCUUGUUCUUUUUUGUUGAC